CGCUGAUCAUCUCCUACCAGCUUGUUGCCUUGAACGGCAUUUCAAUAAAAUAAAACACGCAGGUGUUCGUGUUCUACCCACGAACCGGCACCGCCCCCGGUCUCCAUCUUCUUCCCCGGCCGUACGUGGGAGAGGCAUGGGUUCCUCCGCCGCCGCCGCCGCCGUCCUGCUCUGCGUCGCGCUGUCCGUGGUCGCCGCCGCGUCCGCCGCGCCGGAGCCACGCUUCAUAACAAUGGAGGCGCUUAAAGCCACGGAGCCAGCAUCGUCCCGCAAGCUCAUGAUGGGCUUUCCCGCAGGGUUCUGCCCCGUGCAGUUCGACGAGAGGAAGCAGAUAACCAAGAUCGCCAACAAGUGCAGGGGGCAGGAGGUGCCGUUGCCGUCGUGCUGCGAGGCGUUCAGGAGCGUCGCGUGCCCCUACUCCGCCCUGCUUGACGACGUCACCAACGGAUGCUCCGUUGAUCUGCUGAUGAAGAUCCACGACUUCUGCAGAAUGCCUGCGGGAUACUUCGCCAUGUGCGGGGACUCGACCAUGGGGUUGUCGUGCCCCGUCAGCUAAUUCGUCAACAAACAGUAUGCGUGUGCUGCCUGCCAGCCGGCCGGCCGGCCAGACCUUCAUUGGCGUCAUCCAUGGCGCCUAACCAUUUUCUUUACUUUACCUUGCUUGCUAGAUAUACUUUCUUGUUCUUCGCGCGACGUACGUACGCGAUCCAUCCAUCCUACUAGGUAUCGAUCUGUUGUCAAAGAUGGAUGAUUGCUGGAAUUGAUAUGGUGUGGUACAACAUCUAUAUCCAGCAUGCAGUAUCCGACUGACAAGAGAAACGGCACAUGUACGCGUGCGCGCGCGCUGUCAUGCUUGGUACAUGUAACUAUUGCUGUUAUUAAUUUGAUUGAUCAUCCCUGUGUGACCA